AGGACGUUUUGAAUGAAGGAGAUCAUGCGGGCCGACGGAGAGCAGACGGGGCGGAUGGCGAGAGGAUGAACCGGCCGACGGAGCGUCGGGGAUCACACAUUAAAUCCUAGUUUAACGCUCGGCUCGAAUAAUAAGACGGUACAUUAAAACACACACGUUCUUCCCUGAAGGAUUCUACGUCUCCGCUGACGAUUCUACGCCGGCGCAGCGGAGCUGGUUCCCGGGAGGGGAUGGGGAUGGGGAUGCCGGACCCCGGAGCGAGCGCCGCCGAGUGGCCUCCGUCUUCUCCGCGGAGCCAGCGGAGAUGAAGACGCCGUCUCUCCCGGAGGAAGAAGACGUCCGCCCGUCGCCGAGACGCGAACUCUCCGGUGCCAAACUCGGUUCGAGGGAAUUUAAUCUUUAAUGGCACAGCGGACCGCGAGGACGAGCCAGCGGCUGAAGGCGGGAUUAUCGAACAGUCGGGGUACGGUGUAAUUUUUUUUUUUUCGGCCGAGGAUAAUCACCUUUUACACGUACCGGUUUGUACCGAUUUCUCGGUUUUAACGUUACGAACCAGAGUAACGUUCCUUAUUUUAAGCUCCACGGCGGCUGGGCACAAACUAACGUCAACGGUCGGCUUUUUUCCUUUCUUUCUUUCUCCCUCCUCCAUGGACGUUUUUUUUGUGUGUUAAGCGGCUCUCUGGCGGCCAUAAAUCACAGCACCCUCUUCCCGCCAACGUCUCCGCCGCGCCGUUAAUCCUCGUUUGUGGGGAGUUUUGCUCAAGCUAACGGCUGAAGCUAGCGGUUAGCUUCUCCUCAUCCUCCUCCUCCUCCUCCCCCUCCUCCUCCCCCUUCACCGUGCAUGCACAGACACGUCUGCUCGGGUGAAGCCGCCAAACCGAAAGAAUGCUCCCGAGGGCAUAACGUCAACGGCAACCGACGACGACGACAAACACGAAGACAGCCGCCGAGCCGAGGACCCGAUGUCCGCACUGAGAACGACGCCGUGGCUCCGCCGGCCGUGAAGCCACAACCACCGGAGCGGCUGUAGCGGGACCCCCGGGGGGGGAGAGAGAGAGAGAGAGGGGGAGAGAGAAAGAGGGAGAGAGAGAGCGGGGGGAGACCAGGAGCCCGAAGCUAGCCCCUCCAGCCCCGCUCACCCCCCCCUCCGAGAGGAUCAGCUUCCACUCCUCUGAAGCCACCAAAACAUCCCGCUGAAAUGGGGGAGCAGCCCAUCUUCAGCACCCGGGCCCACGUCUUCCAGAUCGACCCGAACACCAAGAAGAACUGGGUCCCCACCAGCAAACACGCCGUCACCGUCUCCUACUUCUACGACAACACCAGGAAUGUGUAUCGCAUCAUCAGCCUCGACGGAACCAAGGCCAUCAUCAACAGCACCAUCACCCCCAACAUGACCUUCACCAAGACGUCGCAGAAGUUCGGCCAGUGGGCCGACAGCCGGGCCAACACCGUCUACGGCCUCGGCUUCUCCUCCGAGAGCAACCUGGCCAAGUUUGCAGAAAAGUUUGCAGAGUUCAAGGAGGCCGCACGGUCAGCGAAGGAGAAGUCUCAGGAGAAGAUGGAGCUCACCAGCUCUCCGUCUCAGGAGUCGGCUCCAGGUGAUCUGCUGUCACCUUUGACCCCGGAGAGCGUCAACGGCACAGAGGAUGAGAGGGUCCGACCGGGCACACCUCAGCACGCAGAGCCCAGAGCCGAGCCUUCCCAGAAUGCACUGCUCUUCUCACACAGUUCCUCCAACAUUAACAAGCACUGGGAGGCGGAGCUUGAGGCCCUGAAGGGGAACAACGCCAAGCUGACGGCGGCGCUGCUCGAGUCCACGGCCAACGUCAAGCAGUGGAAGCAGCAGCUGGCGGCCUAUCAGGAGGAGGCGGAGAGGCUUCACAAACGGGUGACGGAGCUGGAGUGCGUCAGCGGCCAAACCACAGUGAUCAAGUCCCAGAAGACGGAGCUCAACCAGACCAUCGAGGAGCUGGAGUCGGCCCUCAGGGCCAAAGAGGAGGAGCUGGAGGGACUUAAGGCGGAGGUGGAGAGCACCAACGACUUCCGCUCUCAGAAGGACUUCCUGACUCAGAAGCUACAGCACACGGAGUCGAUGAACCAGGCGCUGGAGGCCCGGCUGAGCGACCUGGAGCGCCGGCUGCAGAGCAACCAGCAGCAGCGGGAGGCGUUCCGCCGCAGCCUCCGUCAGCUGCUGGAGCUGCUGGACGGGAAGCUGUUCGAGCUGACGGAGCUGCGCGACGCGCUGGGGAGGAUCAUCGAGAGCAGCUAGAGGCCGCCGCCAACACGCCACUUGAAUUUUUUUUUUUUUUUUUUUUUUUACACAUUUAUACGUGUAAAAGUUUACACACGACUUUAUGCUUUAAAAAAAAAAAAAAACGGAAACGCUACGACACGUUUACAAAUAAAACCGAGUAAAGGAGGCUUUGCUUGGUCCAUGCCUUCCCUCCACGCCACUCUGGAAUAUUCUUAACUCAGCUCUUUUUUUUUUUCUUUUCUUUCUUUAAUAUCGGGCCGUUUGAGGGGACGUUUUUGGGCCCCCCACCAUCAGCCAAACGAACGCCGGAAGCACUCGGAUUCACUUUGAGUGUCAGGAAGAGACAAAAGGAACCCGAGGGACUGCCAAAACAAACCUAAAAAUAUGAACUAAGAAAGUAGCGCUGGGGACUUUAGUCUUAUAUUCUUAUACAAUAUAUGAGCAAUACUUAAAAAGGGAGCCUCAGAGGGUAAAUAAACACUUUCCACUCUCUUUCAGGUACUUUUACUCCUCUCUCGGACAUGUUUAGACCACAAGCGAGAUUUCACUUAUUUUGGCACUUUUAAAAAAAUAUAUAUAAACAAGUUCCUAGUGCUCUUGUAAAAAUGGAGUUUGUGUGAGUGAGUGAAUCUUUCUCCUCUCGUUUCUGUUGCGACUUGAAGUGCAAAGAUUGAACCCUUUUUUUGUCGUUAAUUUAUUUCUGUUACGGAGUUGUACACAAGCAAAGAUCUUUGUUUGCAUCUU